AUGGAUCCUAUAGCAGGAAAAUACCCAUAUUGGAAGAGAAUCCUACAUAAGUUCCAGGCCAGAAGGGAUAUUCCGUUUAGGAAGAAGUUCUUUGUGGGCUACGAUCUCCAUGGUAACACUUACUGGGAGUUCACCAUAGAUGGUAAUAUGGGCCGCUUACGUCGAAAGCUUGAGCCAUUCCAGCAGUCUCUUUUUAAGGUGGACCAUUUUGACACGGUUCCUCCUCAGUGGCAUCAAUGGCUACGCCGUACGAGAAACGAGCCUCCUUCUGUGAAAGAGCUUCUCGAUGAUCAGUUGAGACAGCAGAGGAUGAAGCUUUUGGCUCAGCAUGCCGACCAGAAAUGGGAAAACGAGAAGGUCAGGCUCGAGAACGAGAACAGAAAGAAGCUUCAGGCUGAGUUGGAUAGGGUUGAGGCUGAGAAUAAGAAGUUCGAGGAAGAGGUCAAGCAGGCGACUCAGUCGAAACCAGCCCCAGAGGAGAAGACUGAGUCUGAUAAGAAAGAGGCAGACCCAUGGGCCGAGGCAGAUGCUCAAGCCAAAUCAGAGGAUAGUCCUAUUGAUACUGCAACCAUCAAACCAAGAAAGUAA